AGAAUAAAUAAAUAAAAUAUCAUCACUAGUUUUUCAAAGCCAUUCAAAUAAAUCUACAUAUAACAAACCAAAACCAAAAGUAAAGGAUUCACACAAUUGGAGUUUUCGUUUUAGCGAUUAAACUGUCCGAAUAGGUCUUCAAUCCUUCCAGAGAAACAUUGAAGCAACCUUUAAUAGAAGAGGAAAAAAUGGAAAGUAUUCUGUUGUCGAAUAUCGCGGCCAUUAUAGUCAAAGAUAUUUUAAUAGAUAAUAAUACGAAGAACAAGCCUCAUGAAUGUGAAACAAAUGAUUUUCCUUUGCUCUCAAGAGAUACUGAAGAUGAAGCACUUGUUUAUUUUUUUAAGCGGAAGCGUAAGAAACCUCAACGAAGCUCUGUAGAAUCGGAAAUGCAGACUACUUCCAAAUCAAGAAAGUAUAUUUCUAUAAAGGACGCUGCGAGCAAUAGUACACAUACACACACAACACAGUACGAGCCCAGCAAUCGCCGUAUGCCACUCGAAAUUAAUUUGAUUAAUGAAUUUAAUAGUACUAUUUUUGAGGGAUAUUUACACAUGAGCAAAAUGACUUUCUUGCGCAUUUUUAAGAGAUUGCGGCAAUAUUUACCCUACAACCAUUAUCCCACCGCAGCACCGCCACAGUCAAUUUUCUCACUCGCACUCUGGAAAUUGUCCACCAAUGAGCAUUUCGAAGAUAUUAGUCGUAAGUUUAGCAUUACGAAGCAUGUAUGCCAACAAGUCAUACGUUUGUUUUGGCGACGUAUUUCCGCACAGUACGAAGCGUUAAUAGUGUGGCCAAGUACGCCAGAAAAGCGCAAUUACACUAUAAAAAACUUCCAGUCACAUCAACAGUUACAAAGGUUUAACCAAAUAUUCGGUAUUAUUGCCAUAAAACAGUUAGAUGUAUUCCUCACAGCUGAAAACGAAGAGCGACAAGUUAUAUUACAAAUCAUUUGCGACGCGGAUAAAAAAGUCAUUGAUUGCUUUUUUGUGCUUGCCAGCGAAUACUCGUUCGACGCUUCUCCAAUAGGACAAACAUUGGCGCUUAACGUGCAAACAAUGCCAGCAGGCAGUUAUUUAAUUGGAGAUCAAAACUUUCCACUAAAACCUUAUCUAAUGCGCCCAAUAGGGGCGCCUAGUGAUGACAGUGAGAGGGCGUUUAAUGCUGCAUUACUGCCGGCUUUGCUGAUUGGCGAACAAGUAUUAGACGCUAUGGCAACACGUUUUAACGUUUUGUAUUCAUUGGAAGCGCGUAACUUACACGAAGCCCGUAAAAUUAUAGAUACUAUUUGUGCUUUGCAUAAUCUGUGCGUAGAAAUGGAGGACGAUUAUGUUGAUCGCAAACUGAAGGACAUUCAAUUUAAUUGGACAAAAGUGGCGGUUGGAGUAAUCAAGAAAACGGAGGUCGAAGAAGACACGCAAGGCAGGCAGAAGCGAAAUGCUCUAAUGGAAUAUUACUAAGUUAGUCACCCCGCAAAUUUUUAAUACGUCAAAUAAAGAAGCAUCUUAAUUAUCUAUAUGCAUUCCUAAAUUAUUUCUUUUGCGUAAAAUAUGCACUAAAUUUUGUUUUUGUCUGACAACUUUUGUUGUUGUAAUUUAUUUUUUUGUUGUUUUCUAGUUAUUAGUA